AUGCAACUACCCAUGACACACAAUCACAUGAACCAGACACAUCACAUGAAUCAGGCAACAACAAGCCCGGGCCCCUCCCCUCAACCUAAACGGGCCCGGGACCCGAUCCUCUACCCCGCCAGGGAAACCUCGACAAACGCUCCCACUGGUUCGCUGUUCUCGCUCACGCCGGCAUCUGUCGAUAAAUUCACGACGGCAACGGAGCAGUUGGUGAGCGAGCACAUCGCAUCGAGACCGGCCGACCUUUUCCGGGACUUGUCCCCGCCACGAGUCGAGGAUUACGAGUUGGCGCUUUAUUUUAAAUCCAACUGCUUCCGGAUGUUCAAGGACAACCCGAAGGAGUGGCUGCGCAAGGAGCGCGAGCUUCUCCGGGCUGACCGGAAACACACUGCCUUGUCGUUUCAGCCCGCCAAAUUGCCACACAUUCUGCCUGCUUCAAGGCCAGCGGUCUUGGGGCCGCAGUCAACCAAGGCACUCACCGCGCGGGUCCAGAAACAGAAGUCGGCGAGGGCCAAGUCGCAGAAUCCGCGGCCCAUCCGGGCAACACCAGCACCAGCCCGGGAGACAAUCCGGGUCAGCACUCCAGAACCCCGUGUUCGAACGGUGGCGCCGAACCGUGAAGAUAAGGACUUUUUGUCCUUGGAAGACCUCUCGCCGCCGGUCGCCACACUUCCUCCGAAAGCGAACAGCCUCAAGGUCGACUGGAAGGGAAACGCGCUGGAUCUGAGCAACGACCCGAACCGACACCUGCUCCAUCCAGACGAGCUCACCCUGGCGAGCAAUCUGCGGCUCGAUUGCGCGACGUACCUCACUAGCAAGCGGCGAAUCUUCUUGCGGCGGCUCGAGUGCGCCAAGAUCGGCAAAGAGUUCCGCAAGACGGACGCGCAACAGGCAUGCAAGAUCGACGUCAAUAAGGCGUCGAAGCUGUGGCAAGCCUACGACCGCGUGGGGUGGUUGGAUAUUGAGUGGAUGCGAGAGUUCAUGACCCGCAAGCUUUAA